GAGAAACUCAACUGCAUAUGCCGCACUGGCUUGCCAGUCUUUUUGAAAUUCAAAAAAGAACCUUUAACCAGAGACCUACUCAUCUCUGCUUUAACGCGUAUUCUAGUACUAGGAGUUGCCACCAGACUUCGGUAGUUUUCCAAGUCUACAUUCACGUAUUCUUAUUCACAUAGUUCAUGAUCCAACCAAAUAAGGCGAAGGGCGGGACAAAUAUACCAGAUGCGAAAGUGGGGGAGAGGCGGUUGUGGUGGUGAUACGCGACUGAUACGUGACUCAGGUGACAAAUCAAGCCCGUGUGUGAAGAUUCACCGGGUUUACGUAUUUUUCAUACUAAUUAGCGGCCGGUCGCGAGGCAUACAAGAGUAGAAAUGUCAUAUGAAACGAAAUACAUAUUUGCAACUUUGCCACGUACGCAAAGAGGUCAACCUUUGGUACUUGGCAGUGAUCCUAAGGGAAAAAAUUUCCUUUAUACCAAUGGAAACAGUGUUAUUAUUAGGAAUAUCGAUAACCCAGCUAUCGCUGAUGUUUACACUGAACAUUCUUGCCCGGUGAAUGUUGCCAAAUAUUCGCCUAGUGGUUUUUACAUAGCAUCUGGUGAUCAAUCUGGGAAGGUUCGUAUCUGGGAUACCGUGAACAAAGAACAUAUUCUGAAAAAUGAAUUUCACCCUAUUGGAGGACCCAUUAAAGAUAUAGCUUGGUCUCCGGAUAACCAACGUAUGGUGGUUGUUGGCGAGGGUAGAGAAAGAUUUGGUCAUGUAUUUAUGGCUGAAACAGGGACGUCAGUGGGAGAAAUAUCGGGUCAGAGCAAGUCGAUUAAUUCUUGUGACUUUAGACCAGCAAGACCAUUCAGACUUAUUACUGGGAGUGAAGAUAACACAAUUGCCGUGUUCGAAGGGCCACCGUUCAAAUUCAAGAUGACCAAACAAGAUCAUGGUAGAUUUGUUCAGGCUGUUCGUUACUCUCCAUCUGGCAAUCUAUUUGCAUCAGCAGGAUUUGAUGGAAAGGUUUUCAUCUACGAUGGUACCACAUCUGAUCUUGUUGGCGAAGUUGGUUCUCCGGCCCAUCAAGGAGGAGUUUAUGGCGUUGCCUGGAAGCCAGAUGGCACACAACUUCUCACAGCCUCGGGGGAUAAAACGUGUAAGCUCUGGGAUGUGGAAACAAGAUCACUUAUUAGCGAGUUCAACUUGGGCUCAACUGUAGAUGACCAGCAGGUCAGCUGUUUGUGGCAAGGCAACCAUUUGCUGAGUGUAUCAUUGAGCGGAUUCAUUAAUUAUCUAGACAUCAACAACCCCGACAAACCGUUGAGAGUAAUCAAGGGACAUAACAAACCAAUCACGGUAUUAGCAUUGAGUACAGACAGAAGCACAAUUUACACAGGUUCCCAUGAUGGUUACAUUACUAACUGGAAUGCUGAGUCGGGUGAAAAUGAUCGUGUUCAAGGACAAGGACAUGGUAAUCAAAUGAAUGGAAUGAAAGCCGCUGGAGAUAAACUUUACACUUGUGGUAUUGAUGACAGUUUGAAGAUCGUCGAUGUAUCCUCUAAUACUUAUACCGGGGCCUCAAUCAAACUAGAUUCCCAGCCACGAGGUCUUGAUAUAUAUGGAGAUAUCGUUGUCACUGUUUCCGUCAGACAGAUAACAAUUGUUCAAGAUGGUAGAAAAAUGUCGAGUCUUUCAGUUGAUUUUGAACCAUCCUGCGUCACGAUUAAUCAGGAAAAUGGUGACGUAACAGUUGGUGGUACAACUGAUAAUAAGGCUCAUGUUUAUGAAUUAUCUGGAACCAACCUUUCUCCAAAAACUGAACUACAACAUCUUGGUCCGAUUACUGACGCUUCCUACAGUCCUGAUAACAAAUAUCUUGUCGUCUGUGAUGCCAACAGAAAGGUGAUACUGUAUGCGCUACCUGAAUAUAAGAAGCUAGCACAUAACAAGGAGUGGGGCUUCCAUAAUGCAAGAGUAAAUUCUGUUGCGUGGUCGCCUGAUUCUCUUCAUGUAGCCAGUGGUAGUCUUGACACCACAAUUAUUAUAUGGAGCGUGGAAAGUCCUGCCAAGCAUACCAUCAUUAAGAAUGCCCAUCCACAAAGUCAAAUUACUCGUUUGGUAUGGCUUGAUGAUGAAACGUUGAUAUCUGUUGGUCAGGAUUGCAACACUAAAAUAUGGCGUGUGGAAAAAAUAUAAUUAACUGUCAAUUAACACUAUCUCAUUCUAGAGGUAGUUUAAUCAACUUAAUCCAGAACGCACGUCUUUCUGAUGGUUUUUAGAUGCAUUUUAUUUAUUUAAUUCGUAACUUACAAAUAUUGUAUAUUAUUUUUGAAUACAAUUCUUGAUAUACAAUAAAUUAUACCUAAACCUA